AGAGCUGGGUGGGAAUAAAGGCGUGAGCCACUAUACCCGGCUUCCUUCGGUUAUUUCCAGCUAUGCAGAAAGAUGUUCAACCAGCUCUGUGAAUGAUAAAAACACGUUAGGUCCAGGGGCUUUCCUCCCCGGGUGCUGUUUUCUUAGUUGCUGCCCCUAUCCGGUUAGUGUGCCUCUCACUGCGGCUUGAUGACCCUAGGGUUUGGUGUGGGUAUGGCCAUUAAUCCACUGACCUCUAGCAAGGAUAAGAAUAAGCCAGCUUAAAACCGGUGACAGCUUUCGUAUGAGGGUCGAGUGUGUUCCAGAAAUGGAACCCCAUUCCUGUGACACUUUUGUGGCAUUACCUCCAGCUACAGUUGGUAAUAGGGUAAUUUUUGGAAAAAAUUCAGACAGACUCUUCGAUGAAGUACAAGAAGUCAUUUACUGUCCAGCAGCGGUUCAUAAUGAUUUGGGAAACCGUCUGAAGUGUACUUAUAUAGAAAUUGAUCAAGUUCCUGAAACUUACGCUGUUGUCCUCAGUCGCCCAGCUUGGUUGUGGGGGGCAGAAAUGGGAGCCAACGAGCACGGAGUCUGCAUUGGGAAUGAAGCUGUAUGGGGGAGAGAAAAUGUUUCUAAGGAGGAAGCGCUUUUGGGCAUGGACCUUGUCAGACUUGGCCUUGAAAGAGCUGAUACAGCUGAAAAAGCUCUCGAUGUCAUUGUUGACUUAUUAGAAAAAUAUGGCCAAGGUGGAAAUUGUGCAGAGGGUGAAGAAUUUAGCUAUUAUAACAGUUUCCUGAUAGCUGAUAGGAAUGAAGCCUGGAUUCUGGAGACUUCAGGGAAGUACUGGGCAGCAGAAAAAGUCCAAGAAACAGGAAUUCGUAAUAUUUCCAAUCAGCUCUCCAUAACAACCAAGAUUGACCGGGAGCAUCCUGACAUGAGAAACUAUGCUAAGCAGAAAGGCUGGUGGGAUGGCAGGGAAGACUUUGACUUUACCGCAGCAUAUUCUUAUAUUAACACAGCUUCAAUGAUGACUUCAUCGAGCAGAUACUGUCAGGGGUACCAGCUUCUGAAUAAGCAUAAAGGAAACAUAACUUUUGAAACAAUGACGGAAAUUCUUCGAGAUAAACCAAGUGGCAUUAAUAUGAAGGGGGAAUUCCUAACCACCGCAAGCAUGGUUUCUGUUUUACCUCAAGAUUCCAGCCUUCCUUGUAUUCACUUCUUUACAGGGACUCCACAUCCUGAGAGGUCUGUUUUUAAGCCUUUCAUAUUUGUACCACAUAUUUCACAACUGUUGGAUACGAAAUCCCCAACGUUUGAACUUGAAUGGCCCAUGGCAAAGAAGCCAUAUGUCAAGCCUGACAGAAGACACCUACUCUACCAAAAACAUCAGCAGGCCUUGGAAGUGAUAAGCAACAAUAAGGAAAAAAGCAAGACAAUGUUGGACCACAUGAGAAAGCUGGAAAAAGAAGUGUUUGAAGAGAUGGAAUCAAUCCUCCAAAACAAACAUCUUGACAUGGAUAAAACUGUUAAUCUCUUUCCUCAAUGUGUGAAAGAUGAAAUUAAAAUUUAUCAGUCAAAUAUUAGUUCUUAAUAAUAUGUAAGUAGUCAAAAAUCUUCCUCACUGCCCAGAUAAAUGAUACAAAGCUACUUUAAGUAGAUCUGAUUAUUCCUUCAUAACAUUAAGUGAUAUUUUGACUGUUAAAACCACAGUAAUUAGUAUUCAGUAUUUCAAGCAUGAAACAUUAACAUGAUGCAUGGGCUGCGUUUAUUAUAUUCUGUAGUGCCCUUAAGUCAUUUUCUCAAUUAAGAAGGCUCAGAGCCCCCCCCCCCCUUUUUAAGCAAUGGAAAGUAUGUCAAGUGAGUUUUUGUGCUUUAGGCAAAUAUUAACCAGCUUUAGAAGAAUUAGAAAAAUGUCUAAGGCUAAUGCCUCACCCCCUCAGAACUGUUGGUCUGUUUGUUAUUUGGGUAAAUGGAAUCUUACAGUCUUUCCAGGUUGGCUUCUUCACCACACAGCUUUCACCAUGCCUCUAUUUCUUCUUAGCGUGCAAUAAUGCCUUUCUGUGGGGUGUGUCACUACUAAAGGGCGUCUUGGCUGCUUCCAAACUUUGGCAAUUGUGAGUAAACAUUCACGUGCAAGUUGCUGUGUCGUUCUAAGUGUUCAACCCAUUUUGGCUGAAAACCGGGGAAACUGUAGAUCCUAUGGUGAGUGAGGAAGUGCCGAGCUGUCUGCCAGAAUGCUGCCGUUCCUGCCCCCUCCAGCCCAUUGUCUGUCCUGGCCAGUUGCCCGUGUUCUAGAAUUUCGUCAUUCUAAUCAUUUUUUAGGUAACAGAGAUUGAACCCACGACCUCGCACUUUCUCUCUUUUUAAUUUGUAGUUCCAGAUGGCGUAUGAUACUGAGCUUCAUUUUGAAAGUUUAUUGCCACUUGUACAUCUUCUUUGAUGAGGUGUCUAGAUCUUGGCCCAUUCUAUAAUCAGGUGCUUUUUAUUUAUUAUUCAUUUAUUUUACUAGGGAGUCUACACUUUAUU